CAUCAAGUUUCGAAGAGAUGCACGGCUUGUCGUACGUUGACAUAUCCAACAAUCACUUGGAAGGUCCCCUUCCCAACAUCAGUGCAUUUCGAGAAGCUCCGCUAGAAAGAUUGAAAGGGAACAAAGGAUUGUGUGGCAAAGUUGGAGCCCUGCUGCCACCCUGCAAUGCACAUGGCUCAAAAAAUAACCACAAGGUCAUAUUCUCUGUUCUAGCAGUAUUUGUACUUCUAUCUGCUCUCUUUUCAAUUUUCUUUGUAAUAGUGCAAAGAAAGAAGAACCAUCAAGAUACUAAACAAAACAACAUGCAUGGAGAAAUUUCCUUUUCGGUUUUAAAUUUUGAUGGAAAAUCAAUGUAUGACGAAAUCAUAAGGGCAACAGAAGAUUUUGAUUCCACAUAUUGCAUUGGGAAGGGAGGACAUGGAAGCGUCUAUAGAGUGAAUUUGUCAUCUGGAGACGUAGUGGCCGUGAAGAAACUCCAUCUGCAAUGGGAUGGCGAGACAGAAUUUCAGAAAGAGUUCUUGAAUGAAGUAAGGGCACUCAGUGAGAUAAGACAUCGGAAUAUUGUGAAGCUCUAUGGUUUCUGCGCACAUAAACGACACUCGUUUUUGGUGUACGAGUAUCUUGAAAGAGGUAGCUUGGCCGCAAUGUUGAGCAAAGAUGAAGAAGCUAAAGAGUUGGGGUGGAGUAAAAGGGUGAAUAUUGUUAAAGGCUUAGCUCAUGCCUUGUCUUACAUGCACCACGAUUGCUUGCCACCGAUUGUACAUCGUGACAUCUCAAGCAAGAACCUUUUGUUGGAUUCUGAAUAUGAGGCCUAUGUUUCAGACUUUGGCACUGCUAAGUUUUUAAAUCCAGACUCAACUAAUUGGACUGCGGCUGUAGGCACAUAUGGCUACAUGGCACCAGAGCUUGCUUACACAAUGGAAGUGAAUGAGAACUGCGAUGUUUAUAGCUUUGGUGUGGUCACAUUGGAAAUAAUUAUGGGAAAGCAUCCUGGAGAUCUUUUCUCAUCUUUCUCAUCAGUCUCUUCAUCCUCCUCCUCAUCAUCAUUUGCAUUACCAACCCAUCAAAUACCAAUUGUGGAUGUUUUGGACCAACGCAUUUCCCCUCAUACACAUCAAGUUGCAAGCGAAGUGGUCUCUCUUUUGAAGAUAGCAUUUUCAUGCUUGAAUUCCAGCCCGAAAUCUCGUCCAACAAUGAAACAAGUUUCUCAUUUCCUCUCAACUCGAAUGCUGCAUUUGUCGAAGCCGGUACAUAUGAUGACAUGUGGUGAAUUGCUUGGUCUUGAUCCUUUGGCUACCUGA